GGCCAUCACUGUACUAGAAACACAAAAUCUACGUCAGGAGCUGCUGAUCCAUAAUUAUCAAUCCCUUCUUACUUCUUUAACUACAAAACACUUGCUAGGAUCCGAGUGAGUAGCUACAGGCUAUAUCUACACCCAACCUCUCUUGGCUUUCAUUUGUUUCACAGCACCAUUGAACAUUCCUCGCCUUUUCCCUUAAAAUUGAGCCAUUAAUUACUGCUACAGGGUGUAUCUUCCCUUCUGUUUUUCAAUUUUCAAGCUCGAUGCAAAUGCUGGCACACGAGAUGAAGCGACUGUGGAUGGUACUUGUUUUGUUCAUGGUGUUUUCAAAGUGGCAACAUUGUGCUACUGGAGAUCCACUGGUGCCAUGCUAUUUCAUUUUUGGAGACUCUUUGGCCGACAAUGGUAACAACAACAUGCUCCAGACUCUCGCCAAAGUUGAUUAUGCACCGUAUGGCGUUGAUUUUCCUAAUGGCCCCUCUGGAAGGUUUUGCAAUGGGCUCACCAUCGUUGAUGUAAUUGCCGAAAUCUUGGGCUUUCACAGCUACAUACCACCAUUUGCAGCUGCCAAGGAAGCAGACAUACUUCAUGGUGUGAAUUACGCAUCUGGGGCAGCUGGAAUUCGUGACGAAACUGGACAGGAGUUGGGUGAACGUAUAAGCAUGAAUAUGCAGUUACAAAAUCACCACAAAACAGUACAGAAUUUGAUUGGUAUGUUGGGAAAUGAGUCAGCUCUAAGAAACUUGAACAAGUGCCUAUAUUCGGUUGGAAUGGGCAACAAUGACUACCUCAACAACUAUUUCUUGCCACAGUACUUCCCAACAAGCCAUGAGUAUACCUUGGAGAAGUACACCCAACUUCUUAUUGAGCAAUACUCGCAGCAACUAAGGUCUUUGUACGAGUUAGGAGCAAGGAAACUAGUGGUAUUCGGACUAGGGAAAAUAGGCUGUGUCCCAGGUGCAAUUGACACAUAUGGCACGAACGGAUCUGCUUGUGUAGAGCUUUUGAACAAUGCUUCCCAGAUUUUCAACAGCAAGCUCUUACCAGUCAUUGAUGAACUCAAUGAUGACUUGCCGGACGCAAAGAUUAUAUAUAUAAACAACUAUAAGAUCGGGGAGGAUUCUACAGUUCUUGAUUUCAAGGUCAAUAAUACAGCGUGCUGUCCAUCAUCUGCCAUUGGUCAAUGCAUUCCGGACAAAGUUCCAUGCCAGAAUAGGACCCAAUACAUGUUCUGGGAUUCAUUCCAUCCAACUGAGAUUUUUAAUAUUUUCUAUGCAGAGAGAUCUUAUAGUGCUUUGGACCCUUCCUAUGCUUAUCCAUAUGAUAUUCGCCACUUAAUUUCGCUUGAUCAAGGAGUUGCUGAGGCAAAGUGAUCGAGGAGAUUAUCAAGAAUAAGCAGGCUUCUAUUUAUUUGCUACUAGUUUCGUGGUCUAUUUACUUUAUAUUAUGAUUUUAUUCCUGCUUGAUGUAUGCUUUUGUUGUGAUGAUUAAACAAGGUGACUAUUAUGUUA